CCUGUGGAGCGGCGGCCGGGCGCGCGGCCCCGGCGGGCACCCCUCCGCGGGCGGCCGAGGGAGCUCCGGGAGGAGGAGAAGGAGGAGGAGGAAGACGAGGAGGAGGCGGUGGGAGGCGGCGGCCGCCGGGGGACCCGCUCCGCGCCUCGGCCUCUCCGCCCCCUCCCCAGCCUUGCUCCUGCCCUCUUCUCUCACACUCCGGGCCGGCGCCUCGGCUUUGUGCGAGGACAUGGUGUAGCUCCCCGGCCGCCGAAGGAGGAGCCGGACACUUGUCUCGCGGCUCGGAGCUGCGUCCCCGCCCCUGGAGGAGAGACCCUUUCGACUAGCGCCUCCCGCGUCUCCCGGCUGCUGGGGAAGCCUCGGCGCCGCCAGCACCAUGAGCGAACAAAGUAUCUGCCAGGCAAGAGCUGCUGUGAUGGUUUAUGACGAUGCCAAUAAGAAGUGGGUGCCAGCUGGUGGCUCGACUGGCUUCAGCAGAGUUCAUAUCUAUCACCAUACAGGCAACAACACAUUCAGAGUGGUGGGCAGGAAGAUUCAGGACCAUCAGGUCGUGAUAAAUUGUGCCAUUCCUAAAGGGUUGAAGUACAAUCAAGCUACACAGACCUUCCACCAAUGGCGAGAUGCUAGACAGGUGUAUGGUCUCAACUUUGGCAGCAAAGAAGAUGCCAAUGUCUUCGCAAGUGCCAUGAUGCAUGCCUUAGAAGUAUUAAAUUCACAAGAAGCAGCCCAGAGCAAGGUUACUGCUACCCAGGACAGCACUAAUUUGCGAUGUAUUUUCUGUGGGCCAACAUUGCCUAGACAAAAUUCACAACUACCUGCCCAAGUUCAAAAUGGCCCAUCCCAAGAAGAAAUGGAAAUUCAAAGAAGGCAACUACAGGAGCAGCAAAGACAGAAGGAGCUGGAACGGGAAAGGCUGGAGAGAGAAAGAAUGGAGCGGGAAAGGUUGGAGAGAGAGAGGUUAGAAAGAGAAAGGCUAGAGCGAGAGCGACUGGAGCAAGAGCAACUGGAGAGAGAGAGACAAGAACGGGAGCGGCAGGAGCGGCUAGAGCGGGAGAGGCUGGAGCGCCUGGAGCGGGAGCGGCAGGAGCAGCUGGAGCGGCAGGAGCAGCUGGAGUGGGAGCGGGAGCGUGAGCGCAGAGUCUCCAGUGCUGCUCCAUCUCCAGACAGCUCCCUGUAUAACGCUCCACUUCCUGAGUAUUCCAGUUGCCAGCCUCCUUCAGCACCUCCUCCAUCAUAUGCUAAAGUCAUCUCAGCUCCAGUGUCAGAGGCCACUCCUGAUUAUGCUGUAGUGACUGCUUUGCCACCUACUUCCACACCCCCUACACCACCACUGCGACACUCAGCGACACGUUUUGCAACAUCUUUAGGUUCAGCCUUCCACCCUGUUCUUCCCCAUUAUGCUACAGUUCCUCGUCCUAUGAAUAAAAACUCUCGACCUUCUUCUCCUGUGAACACACCCUCUUCUCAACCUCCAGCUACAAAGCCCUGUGCCUGGUCUACUUCCAAUUUUUCGCCCCUCCCUCCAUCUCCUCCAAUAAUGAUUAGCAGCCCCCCAGGCAAAGCUACUGGUCCAAGGCCUGUCCUCCCUGUUUGUGUCUCUUCUCCUGUGCCCCAAAUGCCUCCGUCACCGACAGCUCCCAACGGGCUGCUUGAUUCUGUAACAUACCCAGUGUCUCCACCGCCUACCUCAGGGCCAGCAGCUCCACCGCCUCCGCCGCCUCCGCCGCCGCCACCGCCUCCACUGCCUUCCCUCGCAUCACUCUCACACUGUGGAUCUCAAGCUUCUCCUCCAAGCACCCCUAUUGCCUCAACUCCCUCAUCCAAGCCUAGUGUUCUCCCUUCUCCCUCUGCAGCUGCCCCUGCCUCUGUUGAGACUCCUCUAAACUCUGUGCUGGGAGACUCCUCUGCUUCUGAGCCAGGCUUGCAGACAGCCUCUCAGCCGGCCGAGACUCCAGCCCAACAGGGCAUUGUCUUGGGACCACCUGCACCUCCUCCACCUCCCCCUCUCCCAUCAGGCCCUGUCCAGACAGCACUCCCUCCACCCCCAGGGCCUCCCCCACCCCCUCCACUGCCAUCCUCCUCUGGGCCUCCACCGCCGCCUCCCCCUCCCCCUCUUCCUAAUCAAGUGCCCCCUCCUCCACCACCACCUCCUGCCCCUCCCCUCCCUGCAUCUGGAUUUUUUUCGGGAUCCAUAUCAGAGGACAAUCGCCCUUUAACUGGACUUGCAGCUGCAAUUGCUGGAGCGAAACUUAGGAAAGUGUCACGGGUGGAUGACUCCUCCUUCCCCAGUGGAGGUAGUCCCAUUGGUGUGAACUCAGCAGCAUCCAAAACAGAUACAGGUCGUGGAAAUGGACCCCUUCCCUUAGGGGGUAGUGGUUUAAUGGAAGAAAUGAGUGCCCUGCUGGCCAGGAGGAGAAGAAUUGCUGAGAAGGGAUCAACGAUAGAAACAGAACCAAAAGAGGACAGAAGUGAAGAUUCAGAGCCUGUAACUUCUAAGGCCUCUUCAACAAGCACACCUGAACCAACAAGAAAACCUUGGGAAAGAACAAAUACAAUGAAUGGCAGCAAGUCACCUGUCAUUUCCAGACGGGAUUCUCCAAGGAAAAAUCAGAUUGUUUUUGACAACAGGUCCUGUGAUUCAUUACACAGACCAAAAUCUGCGCCCUCAUCCCAGCCCAGUGCCAAUGGAGUGCAGACAGAAGGACUUGACUACGACAGGCUGAAGCAGGACAUUUUAGAUGAAAUGAGAAAAGAAUUAGCAAAGCUAAAAGAAGAACUCAUUGAUGCAAUCAGGCAGGAACUGAGCAAGUCAAACACUGCCUAGACAGCCUACCGGAGGAGAGGACUUGAAAUUCCUACAAA